UACUACACUUGUCAGUUGUCACUUUUUCUGAAAACACGUGCGCCGCUUGUACUACAGGAACUUUAUUGCUUACAAGGAUUCAGCUCUCAUUAAAAGAAAUAAAAUCAAAAUGUUAAAAGAUAAGAAAUCAAAACUAGCUGUUAAGCAAAAACCCAAUAAGGCUGUAAAGAAAGUCGCCGAAGAGAAUCCAAAGCAAAAAAAACAGCAAUUAGAGAAGUUAAAGAAAGCUGUUGCAGCAGGAGCAGUUGGGGCCAAGACAGGCGGCAAGAAAUCCAAUGGUAAGAACAAGGCUCCAAAGAUUAUUGAAGUUGAACCUGAAAGUGAAGACGAGGAAGAAGCCGUGGAAACAGUAGGAGAAGAAAGUGACGACGAGCAAAUGGAAAGUGAAGCCGAAGAAGCAGGAAGUGACCAAGAAGAAGAUGCAGAAAGUGACGAAGAACAAGACGACGAUGAAGAAGCUGAAAGUGACGACCAAGACGCUGAUGAAGACGCAGAAAGUGACACCGCUACAGAAAAGGGUGAAAAAGUUAAAAAACCAUUUGCUACACAAACAGUCUUCAUUAGUAAAGUACCCUUAUUCACCGAACGGAUUGAUAUUGUUAAAUUAUUCGCCCCCUAUUCAAAAGUCCAUUCAAUUUUGUUCAAUAAUAAAAGAGGGUUCUACUGCACAAACGGAGUCACCAACAUAUUCACCAGCGCCUACGUGGUUCUAGAUAGUCCUGAAGCUGUUGAAAAGGUUCUGGCUAUACCCGAACCUACCAUAAAUGGCAAGAAAAUAUUUUUGCAUAAGCAUCGCGAAAGAGCUGCUCCCCAAGCGAAAACAGAUGCCAAAAACACAGUCUUCGUUUCAGAUUUGACACCAAAAAUAAAUAAAUUCCUCUUAAGACAGCAUUUCGAAGGCUGUGGCAAAAUAGAAUUUGUCAAUUUUAUAAAAGGUGUCGAAGGUAAGGCUGUUGUGUGCUUCAAAGACCCAAAAUCAGUUAGCUCAGCCAUGAAACUCGAUGGUGGCUCACUUGAUGGACAGAAAAUCCAAGUCUUAACAUACGCUCCAAAACCUAAAAAACGUGGUAUCAAUAAGAAUAAGCCAGGAUUAAGAGGAGUUCAGCCAAACUCGAAAGUAAUAAAGAAGCAGACGCCGAAGAAGAAGCUAAAUAAAAAACCCACAGAGAGCAAAUAGGCAAGGUGCAAAUUUUUAGUUUUGACUUCUUAAAAAAAAAAGUUUAGUAUGUAACUUUAUAAAAAUAAAAUUUUAUGAAAUAACGGA